AAAAUUUGAGCUUCGUGCACUCGCCAGCCACCAAAGCUCUACCACUCUCUCUCUCUCCGCAGCCAUUGAAUCUUCCGCCACCGCCACCGCGCAAGGCUCGAUUUUUCUCACAAUUCGAUCGAAGAAAUCGUCAUCUCGAUUCAACCCAUUUCUCUUUCUCCCUCUCAUGAGCUUCUGGAUUCGUCGCGAGGGUCGAAUCCGUCGUUCGCCGCCGCAGCAGCCUGCAUGAGUUUGUGCGCGGGGGCUCGAGCAGCGGUCGGUCCUUCAGGCUCAGCCACUUGAAUUGGAGGAGGAGGAAGCUGCUCCGGAUCGGUGACCCGCCAUGCCCGUCUCCGUCGCCGUCUCCGUCGCGAGCCCGCCCUCGCUCCCCAGGGUCGCUCGCUCGCCGCCGCCGCCGCCGCGGCAUUCCGCCCGCGUUCGCCGUCGCCUCGCUUCUUGCCGAUGGGUGAACUUCAGCAGCCACCCGCUCGAUUCCGGAAGGUUUGAGCAUUUGAGUUCCAGGUGUUCAAUAACAAAUACAGAUGUACAGUAUGAUCAUGUUGCCACAGAUGAUGAGGCUUUGAGUGAAAAAUCAGUCAUAGAAGCCGAAUGUCCAGUCCCUGUUGUUCACCUUAAACCUGAAAUCCUUGAGUCUGACUCUUCAAGUUUACUGACUGAAAGAGAUUUUGUGGAUAAUCUCUUGACAGCCUUGCCUGUUUUGUCAGUGGAGGAGCAGAAUGCCCUCGCAGCUAUUCCAGCCCACCCGGCAGGUUUAUAUGCAAUGUAUGCCAGUUGCUUAACUGGAAAUCUGGUGGAACAGUUAUGGAAUUUUGCUUGGCCAUCAGCUAUAGCACUGCUUCACCCAAGCCUUCUUCCAGUGGCAGUCAUGGGGUUUAUUGCAAAGCUUGCAAUAAUUGCUGGAGGCCCUUUAGUUGGAAAGCUCAUGGACUCUUUUCCCAGAUUGCCGGCAUAUAACUUUUUAAAUACUCUUCAGGCAGCAGCUCAAUUGUUAUCUGCGGCAAUGAUAAUUCGAGCUCAUUCAAUUCCAUCUACUUCUGCAUCAGCUGUGAUUCUUCGUCCUUGGUUCAUUGUGCUUGUAUUAGCUGGUGCCGUUGAGCGUCUGUGUGGCAUAGCCCUCGGGGUUGCUAUGGAGAGGGAUUGGGUUGUGCUGUUAGCAGGAGUGAAUAGGCCGAUUGCACUUGCUCAAGCCAAUGCUAUUAUUAAUCGGAUUGAUCUUCUCUGUGAGAUUGCUGGAGCCUCUCUGUUUGGCAUUCUUCUUGCCAAAUACGACCCGGUGACCUGCUUAAAGUCGGCUGCUGGUUUAAUGAUAUGCUCGUUGCCUGUGACGGUUUUUCUCACAUGGUUGACUAACAAGCUUUCAACGGGUGUUUUGGAUCGCCCUAAAUCCUUGCAUAAUUGUUGCAAAUCAUGCAAUGGUGUAACAGUGAAUGAGAAUGAUAGUAUAGCAGGUGUAGGUGUAGACGCUAUCAAGCUGGGUUGGAAGGAAUAUAUACAACAGCCUGUUCUACCUGCAAGCCUCGCUUAUGUGCUUUUGUACUUUAAUGUUGUUCUGGCUCCUGGAAGUCUGAUGACAGCAUUCUUGACGCAGCGCGGUUUGAAUCCAUCUGUAAUUGGAGGUUUUAGUGGGUUAUGUGCCGUUAUGGGUGUUGCGGCAACAUUUGUGUCUGCAAACCUAGUCAAUCGCCUUGGAAUAUUGAAGGCUGGAGCAGCAGGUUUAAUCUUUCAGGCUUCACUUCUUACCAUUGCUGUAGCUGUGUACUGGAGUGGGUCUCUUUCUCAGCAGUACCCUCUUCUCUUUUUCCUCUCGUUAAUCGUAUUAUCGAGGUUGGGUCACAUGUCCUAUGAUGUGGUCGGGGCGCAAAUUCUUCAAACCGGGAUUCCCUCUUCCAAAGCUAAUCUUAUCGGGACGACAGAGAUAUCUGUAGCGAGCUUGGCGGAAUCUGUGAUGUUAGGAGUAGCGAUAGUUGUCAAUGAUUCUUCGCAUUUCGGAAUUUUAGCGAUGUUGUCGCUUGUGUCUGUGGUUGGGGCGGCCUGGAUGUUCUGUAGGUGGUUGUUGAACCCAACAGACGAGCAAAGGAGUCUUUUUGCGUUUGAUUUUCAGUAAUAGCAUUGUAAAUGUCUGUACAAGUCGCAGUAGCUCUAGAAAUCCAUUUUUCAUUUGCAUAGUUGUACAUUGCAUUCAGAACAAUUUUUUAUAGGAUGUAUCCAGAAAAUGUUGACAUGACAUGGACAUUGAACUCAUCAUAUUUAUACCAGAGGCAAAAAUCCUUCUGAUUGUAAGUUUA